AUGUCCUCGAUUAGGUUAGUAAUUUUCACCCUGUUCACCUCAUAUUUCGUCCCAUCGCCCUCAAAUUCGGUGGAAAUUCGUUGCUACGCGGGCCUCAAGUACGUCGUCGGUCAGGAAGUGCUGCAGGACACUGGUCGGUGGCCUAGCUUUCUCACGGCCAUGGCCUAGACGUUUCAGAGAACUGCGAUGCGAUCCUAGGGAUGGGCGAAUCGUAUUGCUACAAGUUUAUGGAGGAAACGCAGCUGAAUGAGGUCGUCAAAAUGGGAUGCUCCAGUUUUUUUUGUAAUGUUCGUUUGUUUCAACGCUUCAACCUUCACCGAUCGGUGCCAAACUUCACGGACCUGGUCCCUAGAUCCGAAAGGGUCCACCCGCCAAGUUUGGUCCCGAUCGGCUGACUGGGAACCGAGAAAAGUCGAUUUUUUGCCAGGGAAUCCGCAAUCGCUGCAUGGAAACGGAUCUUCUCGGGAUGAAGGGAACUCUCUGCUGCUGCAACGAUCGACACUAUUGCAAUUCGGGCGGAUUCUCAAAAAUGUCCAUUUGUCUCGUCGUUUCUGUGCUUUUCCGACUGUUCUAG